GAACUUUGGUAUCCAUGGGAGCAUCUGUAGGAGCAGUAACAAAACAGACCCUGUUCCCUCCUCUCAUGCCUGCGGGGCGACCUUUCCGUGUGUCCAAUGCCUCCCGAAGCAGCCGGAAAGGAAUUGUUGCAAGCAGUCUGCAAGAGCUCAUCAGCAAGACUUUAGAUGCCUUCCUUAUAUCUGCGGGAAUAGUUACUCUGGUUCUGGAGGAAGAUGGCACGGUUGUGGACACAGAAGAGUUCUUCAAGUCCCUGGAUGAUAAUACACACUUCAUGGUUCUAGAAGAAGGACAGAAAUGGACACCAACAAGAAAUGGAGUUGCCACUGUGAGAAAAAAGAAGAAAAUGGGAGUAGCUAACAUCACAUUUGAUCUAUACAAGCUGAACCCUAAGGAUUUUAUUGGCUGCUUAAACAUCAAGGCGACCUUCUAUGAGAUCUACUCUGUCUCAUAUGACAUCAAAUGUAUGGGAGCAAAAAGCGUGUUGCGGAAGUUGCUUCAGCUGAUAUCCCAUGCAGCACAAAUAACUGGACAGCUUCUUCUCUAUACUGGAACGUAUAUGUUGCAGUUGAUGGAUGAAUAUGAAGAAAGUGGCACGUGUACAAGAUCAAGGCGGGAGUAGUGAACACAGCUGCACUUCUGGUAUCGGAUCCUUUCGCUUAAAGACAUUCUCUUGCUCGAUUUUUGAUUGUAAUGAGGUUAUAGGAGGGGGAUGUCCACUGAUGUGAACUAACAUUUUUCCCAUUUGGGAAUGCUUCUAGGCCUUAGUCAAAAAGUAAGUGUUUGGUGUUCACAGGCUCUUAACACAGCAAAAGGAUGGGUGCCUAAUGCCCCAGAAGUCAGCAAAAGGACAGAAGGCAGGUUUUUUCCCAGCAGCUCAAAAUGGAGAAUAAACAUACUUGGAGACUUGCGUGCUUUGU